GAAGCUAACUUCAUAGACAUUAAUUUUAAUGUACGUUGUAUAAUUAUAUUGUUCUUUGAUUAUAAUAUACGGUAUAAUAUUAUGGUCUGGUAGCCAUUUAUUCCUUAGGACGUUGCGUAAAUAAAUUUUGUAGUGCCUAAAUUUAAAAUCAAAUAUAGGUAUAAGUAUAUAACACAUUUAUUAAAAUGGUUUCUAUUUCUAAAACAUUUUUACCAUUAAACACUCAAGGAGGAAAUAGCCAACUGCCUAUAAUCGGAUUUGGUACGUAUACGAUUUCCGAUAAAAAAAUAAUAUUGAAUGUCUUGGACGUGGCACUUGGCGCUGGGUAUCGUCUAAUUGACACAGCAGCAGUGUAUAACAAUGAACAUUACAUCAAAGAAGCACUUCAAGUGUUAUUACCAAAGUAUCAUCUGAAGCGUGAAGAUUUGUUUAUUACAUCAAAAUUAGCUCCCAAAGACCACGGAGAUGAAAAACAAGUAACAGCUGCUGUGCAAAGGUCAUUGGAUAAUCUAGGUACCAGUUACUUGGAUUUAUAUUUAAUACACUGGCCAGGAGCUGGGCGUAUUGAUGCAAAAAGUCCUGAAAAUUCUAAACUUCGUAACUUAACAUGGAAGACUCUCAUGAAGUUGCACGACAAUGGCAAUGGUCCACUGAAGAAUAUUGGAGUAUCUAAUUAUACUGUAAAACAUAUAAAAGAAAUGCUCGCUGAUCCAACUAAUAUUGUUCCCGCUGUUAAUCAGGUUGAAUUCCAUCCAUAUUUUCAACAAUCACCUGAGUUCCAUGAAGUGUGCAGAAAUGCCAAAAUUGUUCUACAAGCAUAUUGUUCUAUGGGAGGAUCUGCUGGUAAAAAUUCAUUGUUAAAUGAUGAAGUAAUAAAUCGUAUUGCUAAAAAACAUUCCAUAAGUGCUGCACAAGUUUUAUUGAGAUGGGCUAUACAAAGAAAUUAUGCUAUUAUACCAAAGUCAAUUACGGCGGAAAGAAUAAAAAUAAAUUUUGAUGUUGACACUGAACUCACUAAAGAAGAUGUUGAUGAUAUUAAUAAUAUCAAGCACAGGGAAAAGUUUGCUUGGGAGCCUGAAGUUAUAGCAUGAUAUGAAUAAUAACUGUAUAACUGUAUAAUACAAUAUUAUGAACAACUCGCUAUAAUUUAGUAUGACACAAUUUUGGUUUUGAAUUUUGUCAUGUUAGCUUUAAUAUUAGUUAUUUUAUAGUCCAUAUGCUACUCUAAACAGUCUAAACUCAAUGAGAAAAGAGUUAACCUUGGUGGUAUUGAUAACUAGUUACAUCACUGUCAGACAAAAUUUUUUUAUUCUCUUAUGCAUCCAAAAUGAUUAACUAUCCUUCAAAAGUUUUCCAUUUUUCCAUGUUAUAAUAUAUAAUAUAUUCUUAUUAUAUACAAAUAUACUAUAAACACAAUAUUAUUUUAUGUAAUUCUAUUAUUUAUAUAUUUGUAUGAGGUGAUCUUAUAGAUUUAUCAACAAAUUUACUGAUAAAGCAGUGUAGAAAAUUAUUGACUAAGAUAGAAUAUACUGGAAAUGAACAAACAGGCUUGCGAUGAAGAUGACUUCUAAAGAAGA